GUUGGCAACGCCUAGAUGCCUCUCUGAUUUCAUGUGCUCUUGCUUGAUCCCACUUUGGAUGUGACAAGCCCUCCAGAAUCGGCGAGGCUGCAAUGAAGCGAUCCAGGCCGCAGUUGCCUUUGGUCCUUGGAAGCUCCAGCAAAUGGCGCCGCGAAGUCUUUAGGCCAUCCGCGCGACCCGACCUGAAGACAUGUGUUUAGCCAUAGCCCGAGCCAAGGCUGAUGCCUUGCUCCCCAAACUGCAAAAAGAGGUUCUGCUGAUUUGCAUGGACCAGGUGGUGAGCUGCGAUGGAGGUGUCCGAGAGAAGCCCGAGAACGAAAAAGAGGCUCGUGAGUUUCUGGAGUCCUACAGGCAAGGAAGCCCGGCCACUUUCAUCAACGGAAUGGUAGUGCACAACACUGCUACGGGAAGGCGCAUCUCCUCCCUGAAUUCAUCGAAGGUCCAGUGGAACGAAUUUCCAGAUGAGGUCAUCGACUCUCUCAUCAUAAAGGGCGAACUAUUCACAUGUUCUGGUGGCGUGGUGGUGGAAGAUGAGAGCCUGCAGCCAUACCGACAAAGAGUAGAGGGCACACUGGAUUCAGUACAGGGUCUUCCUGUAGAGCCACUUCGGCAGCUUUUGCAUCGUGCACAAGCUCCAGCUGUAACGCAUGUGGUUUUCGACAUGGAUGGCCUACUGUUGGACACGGAAAGUGCAUAUUCUGUUGCCCAACAGGCAAUUCUGGACAAGUGGAACAGGAAAUUUACCUGGGACCUGAAAGCCAAGAUGAUGGGCAAAAAGGCCUUGGAUGCUUGUCAGCUUUGCAUCGACGAGCUGGGUCUCAGCAGCGAAAUCACAGCGCAAGCUUUCUUGGAAGAGCGAGAAAGGAGGCUGGAUGUGCUCUUCGCCAAAGCGGCUCUUCUCCCUGGUGUAGAGCGGCUGGUGCGACAUCUUCACAAGCAUGGGAUUCCCAUGGCGGUGGCGACCUCAUCCCAUCGUCGCCACUUUGAUCUGAAGACUUCCCUGCACAAAGAGCUCUUUGCGUUGAUGAACCACAUCGUCACGGGCGAUCAGGUAUCAAAGUCCAAGCCAAAUCCGGAGAUCUUCACCCAUGCUGCCAGUUUGUUUACUCCGGCAGCACCAGAACAGCAGGUGCUGGUCUUUGAGGAUGCGCCAAGUGGUGUUGAAGCUGGCCUAGCAGCCAGAAUGCAGGUUUGCCAUGUGCCCGACGCUAAUCUCAGCCGGAGCUUGUGUGGAAAGGCUCAUUGCGAGCUGCUAUCCUUGGAGGACUUUCGGCCAGAAGAAUGGGGGUUGCCGCCCUUCUAGCGGGGG